AUAUACUUCAUACUAAGACUUUAAGAUAUUAAAACUAAACGUUAACGGAAGAGGAGAGAUUAAUUACGAAAAUGGCGGCGUUAUAGGAAAAGGAUAAAGUCUUAGCCGCACCUCUACUUCAGUUGUACAGGUGAUAGACGUUCUACAGGUGAUACCAAUGAUAAUUACAAAGAUAUAAUGGCCUCGAAUCUUAUCUAAAUAACAAUAUAACACUAAUGAUGAAAAUAUAUAGUUAUAAUAAUGGUUUACUUUGACUCCUCAUGGUCGCACUUGCUCCGGCGGUGGGAGUGUCCGUAAGGCGGGAACAUCAGCUCCGUGUUCACUCUCAGUCAUCAACGUCUGCCAUGUCCUGUGGCCGGUGUGCCGGUGUGGUUCUCCUGUGCGCGGUGCUGGCGGUGACUGGUGGCCGCAGGAGUUCACCGGAGCAGGAGGAUGUGGAGGAGAAAAUCAACAGCGCCAGAUGCACGUCCAGGUGUCUCACCCUGCACAUGACCCAGCUCACUGCUACCUUCAGACACGUCCAGAGUGACCAAGUCCUGGUCUGGUGUGAAAACAACAGACGCUGCGCUCAGUGCCUUCAGCCGUGCAGAGAGUUGUGGGACGUCAGAAAGACACUGUCUCCAAAGCCCUGUGAGAAGCAAACAGAGUGUGUUAUGAGCAGGGAGUUCCUGACCUCCCUGAGGUUGUCCCGUCAGGGCGACUGUCCUCCGCCCCAGCGAGCCACAGGAUUUGCAGCAGCCUGUGUGGAGAGCUGCUCUACCGACCAACACUGUCCCUCCCCCAGAAAGUGCUGCUCCAAUGGCUGUGGACACACCUGCCAGGCCCCAGCCAACCUUUACAAAGGUGUGCCUCUGAAGCCUCGACGAGAGAUGAGUUUUAUCGAGAACUCGGAGGGUCACGUGAAGGUUUUGUGGUUGUCAAAGUUCAACGUCAGCGUGGAGCCCGUUAUUUACCUGCUCCAGUCCCGCUGGAACGUGGGCAUCCAUCCCAGUGAAGACCAUGCCACUCCGUGGACCACUGCUGCCAUGAGUCUUUCUGAGGAGGUGGUUCUAUCAGAUCUGAGACCUCAGCGCUGGUACCAGUUCAGAGUAGCGGCCAUCAACAGCCAAGGCAGCAGAGGAUUCACCACACCGAGCAAACACUACAUCUCCAGUAAAGAUCCCUCACCUCCAGAGCCUCCAGUCAACGUUCGAGUCAUCAACCAGACUGUUGAUUGGACCAGUUCACAAACAGGCGGCCAGUUCACAGAGAGGUCAAAGGGAAGUGUGGCCCCUGUCAUGGUCUUGAUACGCUGGGAGCCCCCCAGUGAAGGAGACCUGCCUGUGCACAACUACAGAGUCACCUGGAUGUCUCGACAAACACAUGCGGCCCAUAAACACACCCACACACUGAGAGGACACACACAUUUGGUUCAGAACAACAUGCACACGCGGCCCACACACGCACGCACAGCUGAGCCGGGGAAAAAGGAGAGCAGCAGCCGGGUGACUCAAGGGGCUCAGUGUGAGUUGUGGCUGCAGGGUCUUCUGCCUGCUGCGUCCUACGUCUUGUCAGUGCAGACAGUGACCUUCUGGGGGCAGAAGAGGCUCAAAAGUCCCAGAGUUCAAAUGGUUUUCACAACGAUAGGUCAUUCAGGUGAUGACUUCUCCAAUGAGCUCCCUUCUUCCUCUGACCUUUCACCGACCUCUUCAAAUCCUCGAGCUGAACCUCUGCCCAACUCUGAGAAACUGCGGCUGGAGGUUGCUGCGCCUCAUUACCAUGACAACCAACUGCAGGUCAAGGUGUUCUGGAAGUGGCCCAACCAAGGCAGACAGAAACACCCCGGCCCUUACGUUUUACGGUGGCAUCCACAUACCUGCGGUACUAAUGUUACAGACACAGAGAGAACAGCAACAGUGCAGGGCACCCAUCACACCAUCACAGGUCUGCUGUUUGCCUGUAAGUACCAGGUCGCCGUGGCAAUUAAGGCUGACCCGGGGUCAGAGGCUGUUGCCUGGGUUACAACCCCAACUUGCUCUUCGAUCAGGGUCAGAGGAGGAAAAAGUUUGGCCUGCACCACAGAGGAGCGCCUCCUGUCAGGCCGAAAAGUGGUACUGCGGCCAGAGCGUCUCACUGCUGACUUCGAACAAGUAAACGACACUUUGGUCUCCACAUUCCGCUGGAAGAUGUCCCAGCAUGCACUGGACCCUGCAGCAGUGGAGGGAUUCCAGUUCACCUGGACACUGCAGUCAGUUACAGUGGCCAGAAACAGACAGGAUGACAUGCUGAUCUCCCAGACACAGACGAUCGCACAGUCACAGAGAUCAGUGACGGUUCAUGGCCUUCAGGGAGACAGUGUUUAUCAGGUGCAGCUACAGGUGCUAACAGCAGGGGGCAGCAAUGGCGCUGCCGUCUCAAAGACCAUUCACACUCCGUCGAUCAGCUCCAGGCUGUAAAAGG